GCUACGAGCUAACACCGGAAGCUGUGGGUCAGUGAGCGCAUCCUACUCAUCCUAGGUGGAAGUAGAUCAUUCUCUCUCGUUUAGCAUGUCAACGACGUUUAAACCACGAGCGUAAAUUAUGGCCGAGCGUUACAAGACGACCGUCUGCUACCUGGUAACGCUCACGCUCUGCUUCUGCAGCCGUAGUUACAACGUGCUUGCCGACGUCCGCGACAAUGUGGAGCAUAACCAGAUAAUCAAAGACUCGGAAGGUGUGAGAAGAAUAGCGGCUGUGCAGUAUGGCCUGACGCAUGCGCUGAUGACAGGAUAUCGAAAUGCUGCCGCGAAGCCACAGGACACAUUACUAAUGGCAGCGGCCGCACGCAAAGCGACACCUGGCGGUCCCCGGUAUAGACUGAGUAAGUCUUCCACAUCUACUGAUGAUCAGUCGACAGUACGUCGUGACGUCAUCGACUUGCUAGAGCAAUUAAAAAUUCUUAAGUUGGUGAUCCGAGCGUCCGUGCGAGCGAUGGAACCUGCUAAUGCCACGGGAGAGUGGAUUCACAGCCCAUGAGCUCGGGAGAUCACCAUUCCCCUAUUCGCCAUUAGAGAUGUACGGGUUUCCGACCAUUCCGACCGAAACCGAAUGGAAGAUUAGCGACAUAAUCAUGCGAACGAUGUACGACCUGAAGUCUGCUC